AGAUUGGUGCAUCCUACAAUGUGUCUUAAUAUAAAAUGCAGCAGCACAGGGCUGUCUCUUUAACACAGGGUAAUGUGAUGAAAUAGCAAAGUCAUUCUUUCUAUGAAGCAGUAAUGGAAGCUGCCUGCACAAAAUCUUUUCCACCGCUUCUAGAUUACAAGACAGAGAAAUACCUCCUAACUAAAAAUAGGAAGAUUGGGAUAUUUCAUCGACUUCUUCAGCUUGGUAUUCUAUGCUAUAUAGUUGGGUGGGUGUUUAUAGUGAAAAAGGGAUACCAAGAAAGUGACAGUGAUCCACACAUUUCUGUGAUAACAAAAUUAAAGGGAGCAUCAGUGACCAAAGGUUUUAGGGAAUUCCAAGAAAGGUUAUGGGAUGCAGCAGACUUUGUAAAACCAUCUCAGGGAGAAAAUGUUUUGUUUUUGGUUACAAACUUUAUCUCAACACCAGGACAAAAAUUAGGUUUGUGCCCAGAGAGUCCAACAAUUUUAAAUGGCAGAUGUACUGAAGACUCGAACUGUACCGAAGGAGAACCUGUGAUCAGUGGAAAUGGUAUAAAAACAGGGAAGUGUAAUACAACUCAUUUCACAUGUGAGAUAUAUGGCUGGUGUCCUGUUGAGGAGCCACACCUAAUCAGCAAAAUACCAUUACAUGAAGCUGAAAACUUCACUCUUUUCAUUAAAAAUGAAGUGCACUUCAGCAAAUUUAAUUUCUCAAGGUCAAACAUGAAGCAGACAUCAGAUACAACAUAUUUUAAGACCUGCACAUAUGAUCCAGUUUCCAGUCCAUAUUGUUCCAUCUUUAAAAUCAGUGAGAUGGUUACAAAAGCUGGGCACAGUUUUACAGAGCUGGCAUUUCUGGGUGGAGUUGUUAGAAUUGACAUUACGUGGAACUGUGACUUGGAUCAGUCGGAAAGUGCUUGUAAGCCACAAUACUCAUUCAGACUGCAGGACAUAAAAAACAACUUUCGAACUGCAACUUAUUACUGGGAUGAAGAGAAACGGGAAUACAGAGAUCUCUUGAAGCUCUCUGGGAUCCGCUUUGAGAUAUCUGUGACAGGAGAGGCAAGAAAAUUUGGUCUAGUCCCAACAGCCAUAAGUCUUGGAACUGGAUGUGCCUUUUUGGGAGCAAUUACACUUCUUUGUGAUGUGAUUCUCCUAUAUUUGAACAGCAAAGCAGAUUUAUAUUGGGGCUACAAGUAUGAAGAGGCUAAACCACCAAAGAGUCAUGAAGCUACAGAACCAGCUCCAGUACAAAAUCUAAGCAUAGACUGAUGACUAUCAGGAAUAUUUUCAGAGUUUUUUUUUAAUGAUACAAAGGCACAAGAUAAACUUACAUUGUGCGGUAAUUAUUUUGAUAUUUUAUCUCUGUGUUGCCCAAGAUAACAUAAAUUAAAAAUGUAAACGUCAAGUAAGGGUACGUUCAUAUCUAUACCAUACAAAUCCAUUUGAAGUAUACCCAAUUUCAAAUUGUGCAAAAAAGUACCCAAUUUACAUGAAAAAGUGGCCAAUACGUUUUAAUGUAUAGGAUAAAAACAUACGUCACAAAGUUUUUAUCCUAUGCAUUAAACAUAUUCGUACACGAUUGGCUGCGAUUGUAUACAUUUUACAUACGCUUAAAACAUAUACCGUACUUUUUUUGUUUUCUUUCAUAUAUGGUUAUGUCACACAGGAAGAGAGUGGUUUAUGUGGAGAUGUCGGCAGCUCCCUACAUGUAUUGUGCAUGGCUGCCAGAAUCUCUGGUGCCAUUUGUGCUUUUGUGCAGUUUGCAGAUUGAAAGAAAAUCAUCCUGUGCACCUUCACUGAAACCUGCUGCCACAUGUAGUACUCUGCUGAAAAUGGCUUCCUAGGACUUUCUGUUUCGGCCACAGCCCACCAAAACUAGGAAGGCAGAGGCAAAAUAUGUUAAACGGGCUUCAAAAAACCCCAAACCGUUGUCCAAGUUUUUUUUUAAUUUUUUUUUACACAUAUAGGCCAAUACAACACCUUAUGUGACAAAUACAAAUUUCAAUGGAAAUACAAACUUAAGUGGGAAAAACGUUGCAUACUUUUUUUUCUUGUGGUGCAAAAAAACUUGGUGUGCAGGACUUUUUUUUUAUACCACAAAAAAAGCAUUGUCAAUUGUACAGGGACAAAACACAGCUAAAAUUGCAAUACUUUGAUUACGUUUGCUUAAUAGGAGUCUAUAGAUACACCAAAAGAAUACAUAAUGUACCUUUUAAAUGUAUUUCUACUGUGGUAUAGAUGUGAAUGAGGCCUAAUGUAAAAAGCACAAGUAAUUGUUAAGUGUAAAUAUGAUUUACACAUUUACUGUGUAAAUAUUUAGAGAAAACCUGUUAGCCUACUUGCAUUUUGUUGCAGAUUUCAGCUUCAGUAGAAGCAUCAGCACCUUGUGGGUGAAUUAACUGUUCAGCUUCGGACUUGCAGCAACCAACCAUUAUUUUUAUCAUCAUUAUGGAGGAUAAAGGGGUAACUGACACAUAACUACCAAAGAAAUCUAAGCCCUGCUUUCCUAUGCUUGAUAUCUCAACUCUCAAUGCUGCCUGAUCCCUCUGUACUUUGCUGAUUCUCCAGUUCAUGACAAGGACUGUGGACAAUCCAUGCCUGUGCUUCAUCAAGCCUACACCACUUGGCUGCUCCUGAGCUACUCAGCUGAACUACUCGACCAGUUCAGCUUCACUAUAUCACCAACUCUUUUUUCCUCUACUGCGUCAGCCUGUCUCAUUUAUCUGUGUCCCUUGACACAGUGACAUUCUGGCCUGCCUGGGCAGCUGCCACCUAACUGGGAAAACUCUUAAGAAAGUGACUUGGUAUCUCCCCUGCAGCAGUAGUCCAGCAUCCACAUACUGUAGCAGGAUAAAGGGUGAAAACCAGGGGAAUACGUAGGUGGCACAAGUUUGGCCAAAAGUCAAACCAUUUGGUGACACAGAAGGUCAUACCUGUUGGGGCGUUGCAGAGAACAUAGAAACUAGAGGAAGUACACAUUACCAAACACUCAUAGUACAGAUACAUCCGCUAUCUUUUAACAUAGGCCCACCAGCAUAGGAUAAGUACCCUGUAAGUCCAGAAAUCAUUGGGGGAAUAAAAAAAUGUGUGCACCAGAAGUUUGCAACAGAUUUUUUUAACAAAUAAAAAAAAAUAUAUAGAAUUUUCCACACUGGUGGGGCUUAGCAAAUAAAUAAAUGGGUGGGUGUGGUUUUUAAUAGCGAUGAGGCUCAAAUGUGCCAAAAGCUCACCAAAAUUGCACCAAACAUGAAGCCAAAUUAAGAAUUGGUACUAAAACUAAAGGCUAUGUUCACACUGCAGAAUUCCCAUAUGUCUGCAUUAAUUCCACAUCCGCGUUCAUUUUUGCAGUAUUCCGCAUUCUUUUGGCAUUUGCAGAAUUUGUGCAGAGUUUCCUUCAGAAUUCUGCAGGAUCCUCAGUACUCUUAUAAAGGUGGGCACAUAAUGUUACUAACAUGCAAAUUCUGCACCAAUUGUGCACCAAUUCCCCACUCAAGCCCCACUGAUUUCAAUAGGAUUUCUCUGCGGAAUUCUGCAUAAUUAUAGGACAAGACUUAUAUUUUUACAGAAUGCAGAAUUUCCGCAGCAAAAAUUCUGCUGCUGAAAUUCUGCUGUGCGAAUAACACAGUGGAAUCCCAUUGAAGUGAAUAGGCAAUUCAUUUUUGUGGAAUUUACUGCAGAAUUUUCACGUGGAAUUCUGCGCGGUAAUUCUGCCAUGUAAACAUACCCAAACAGUCUAAAGAUGCACAAGAUUUUGAAAUAGUCUGUGCCACUUUUGAACAUGUUUUGCAUUUGCAGAAUGUCUAGUCUAAGCUAAAAAUUUUGCACUAUUUAUUCCCCCAUUGUUUUUGAAUAUCCCUCAGAAAAUAGGACUUUACAUCAAUAUUCUUGGUUUUUGGAUUGACUUUUUCCAUCUGCAUCCUAUCAUGGGGUCUCCAGCCAGUCAUCAUCCAUUUAUCAAGUCAGGUUACACUGGUCACUUGUUAGUAACCUUAGUAUGACUUAUGGCAUUCUAGUCCAUCUGGUUUAACAAUAAAACCUUUCUUCACAAUA